CACAAGUGUAUUGAAUUCCUUCUCCAACGUGCAAACUGUCCAUUUAGGAAUUAGAUAAUGUGGUCUAUCUUUUAAAAAAUUUAUUAUUGUGUUCUAAUCCAAUUUGUUCGUAGUAUUUUGUGCCUGUUUUCAUUGACCUUUUUGUAGUGUGUAAUAUAAAUCAAACAUAAUGGGAAACGUAAGUGCAGCACAAAAAGAUUUUGUAAUCAAGGCUCCGGGUCAUGCAGUAACUUUGGAUAAUCCUGGGACGAUGGAAGACUUACAUAAAAAAUGCAAAGACGUAUUUCCAACAUGUUUUGAUGGGGCUAAGUUAAUGAUAAAUAAAGGUUUAAGUAGUCAUUUCCAAGUUUCACACACAAUAAAUAUGAGUAGUAUCAUGCCCAGUGGGUAUCGAUUUGGGGCUACUUAUGUUGGUACAAAACAGUUAUCGCCAACAGAAGCGUUUCCAGUUUUGUUAGGAGAUAUUGAUCCUUCAGGAAAUCUAAAUGCCAACAUUAUACACCAGUUUGGAAAUCGUGUAAGGUGUAAAUUUGCUGCUCAAGUUCAAAGUAAUAAAUAUACAGCAUGUCAGUACUCUUUAGAUUAUCGUGGCGAUGAUUACACAGCAACCGUAACGUUAGGAAAUCCAAAUGUAUUUACAAAUUCUGGUGUUGUUGUAUUACAUUAUUUACAAAGUGUUUCACAAAAUUUGGCAUUAGGUGCUGAAUUAGCGUAUCAAAGAGGACCACAAGUCCCUACUGGUGAAAUAGCUAUAUUAAGUGCUGCAGCACGAUAUUCAAAGAAGGAUUGGGUUGCGUCUGGUACUUUAGGUCAAGCUGGAUUACAUAUGUGUUAUUGGCAAAAAGCAUCGGAUCAACUGCAAUUAGGUGUUGAAUUGGAAACAAAUUUUAGAGUACAAGAAUCUGUGGCCACUAUAGCGUAUCAAGUUGAUUUACCCCGAACCGAUCUCGUAUUUAGAGGAAUGGUUGAUUCUAAUUGGACAGUUGGAGCGGUAUUUGAGAAACGAUUGCAACCCUUACCAUUCACUUUUGCCCUUAGUGGUACAAUGAAUCACAACAAAAAUCAGUUCCGACUAGGAGCGGGCGUUAUAAUCGGUUAAUGAAGUUUUGUUACAAAAAUAGAAGUAGUUAGACAUUUUACAUGUAUAUGUGUACAUUUACAAAUGUAUUACAUAUACAUAUUUUAUUGAAAAAUUGAGAAGAGAAAUCGUAUUCAGAUCAAAUUCACUGCACAUCCUCCUAUUUUAAAAGAAAAUCUAGACCACCGCCAACACAGACCACCAUACAGUUCAUUUAAACAAGGGAUUUAUCAAAUCAUAAUGUCUUUCGUUUUUUUUAUUUUGAAUUUUGAUG